AAAAAAAAAACGAUACACAUACAUUUUUUUUCAGAUUUUCAGGGGCUCUUAUUUCAACCCAACAUCAAGUAGCACAAGUUCGCUAUGGAUAAAAAUCAGAAGUCUGUGGAGAAUGUUGGUCCAACGCAGUCCCAGUCGAGCAGCAGCCGUCGCGUGAUGUGGAAGGUAUGCGACGGAGAGGAGGAGGUCUACGAUUCCGUUGUAAACUAUAGAAGCUUGUCACCGGCCCAUCAGUCUAAGAGCCCGUCUAGCUCUAAUUCCGAGCACGAGCUGCCGAGUACCAGCAAGUCACAAACCUUGGCUUCCUCCGAUGGUAAAUAUCUGCUCCUAAUAAAGGAACCAAAAACUGUGAAGGAGGCGGCAACCAGGUCAUCAACUAGUCUGGCCUUGCGCUACAAGCCAUCGCACGAAUCAGUCCAGGAGCUGGCCAGCACAAAGAGAGCUCGCGCAAUUGGAUGCUGGCAUCAUCUGUUUGAUAAGAUACGUAACAGAAAGCUCGACAUCGAGGCAUCUCCUUCCCUGGCGAUGCGCUACAAGCCAUCACACGAAUCUCUUAAGAAUCGACGCAGCAAGGAUCUACUUGUGGACUCGCGGUCGACACCUAGAUCGACAAACUCGCCUAAGCCCAAGCUCGCUACUGCAGACCUGAAAUUGGAGACGUGCUUCUUCCCGCCCUAUCAGACGGCUGUAGUGCGCGAGGUUGCGCCCAAGUUUGCCAACCGCAUGUGUAUACCCGAUGACAGCGACUCGUGUUGCUCUGGCUCCAUAGAGUUGCGGAUUCCUCUGCUGAAAUCGUCGAAAUCUAGCAAAAUAGCAACUGCUAUGCACAUGACAGCUCUGCCGGCAAGCACGUCAUUUUUCAGUCAUGUCGAGACCAAAAACGGCAGCUCAAAGACCAAGCGUCGUACCAAAACACCGGCGACUUCUGGUGGAGGCAAUACGAAGGGAAAUGGCAGCAAAACCACAUCGAGUGGAAGCACGAACAGCGCUUUGCCAACAUUACGACAGAGGCAAUUGGAGCUGCAUCGUGUUCGUGUUCAGAUCGAGAAACGCCGUUUGGAGUUGUUGGAUUUAAAGAUUGUGCGUGAACGGGCGGAUGCCUUGCGCCAUGAGAUACUAUUCCACAAGGACUUACAGUUGAAACAUAAUCAAAUCAAAUCGUACGAGGACAACAACAGCUCCCAGGCAUAAGUGAGCCACAAUCUGUUCCCAACCAAAUUUCUAGUCAUAUUUCCCAAAAUUUAAAUUGUCUUCCAAGCAUUGCAUUAAAAACAAACUCAAAUAUACACACAAU